UAACCCUUUUGCUUCAACUAGAUGUCUAGAUUUAUUGGGUGAGUGUUGAAAGCUGAGCGAGAAACAAACAUGGCAAAAAGCAGGAUAGUUACCGUCUCCGCGCUGCAAUUCACUUGCACCGAUGAUGUUCUCACAAACGUCGAAACUGCAGAAAGGUUGGUUAGAGCAGCUCAUAAGAAGGGGGCUAAUAUUAUUCUGAUACAGGAGUUAUUUGAAGGUUAUUACUUUUGUCAAGCACAAAAGGAAGACUUCUUUCAUCGAGCUAAACCUCGUAAGGAGCACCCAACUAUAUUGAGGAUGCAGAAACUAGCAAAAGAAUUGGGAGUAGUAAUUCCAGUUAGCUUUUUUGAGGAGGCAAACAACGCACAUUAUAAUUCAGUAGUUGUGAUUGAUGCUGAUGGGACAGAUCUUGGACUAUACAGGAAAUCCCACAUUCCAGAUGGGCCAGGGUACCAGGAGAAGUUUUAUUUCAACCCAGGCGACACUGGUUUUAAGGCCUUCCAAACUAAAUUCGCCAAGAUUGGAGUUGGUAUUUGCUGGGAUCAGUGGUUUCCAGAGGCAGCUCGAGCCAUGGUUCUUCAAGGGGCAGAAAUAUUGUUCUAUCCUACUGCCAUUGGUUCUGAGCCUCAAGAUGAUGGCCUAGAUUCUCGAGAUCACUGGAAACGGGUGAUGCAGGGCCAUGCUGGAGCUAAUUUGGUACCUUUAGUUGCAUCAAACCGCAUCGGCAAGGAAAUCAUAGAUACUGAACACGGAAAGAGUGAGAUCACAUUCUACGGGAAUUCGUUUAUAGCAGGCCCCACUGGAGAAUUGAUUGCUAAUGCUGAUGAUAAAGAUGAAGCAAUUCUUGUUGCAGAAUUUGAUCUGGACAAGAUCAAAUCCAAGAGACAUAGUUGGGGGAUAUUUCGCGAUCGACGCCCGGAUCUAUAUAAGGUUCUUCUGACCUUGGAUGGCAGUAACAUUUCCCUCUGAUUCCAUAGAAACUUUGGCCUUGCUUAAUACAGAGAUUUAUGAUAUCUUUGUUUGAGCCCCUUUACUUUCUUGGGACGAUAUCCGGCCAAUUGAGAAACAUCGCCGUUUCAAUAAUGUGACCCUUUUCAGUUAUCCAAUUUGCAGACUUAGUUCGAUGAAAAUAUGCUCUUUUAGUUCUGAA